AUGGCCUCUUCUCAAAAGAUUGCCAUUGUCUCCGUCUACGACAAGACGGGCCUUCUGGACCUUGCCAAGGGCCUGGUCGCCCAGAAUGUCCGGAUCCUCGCCUCGGGCGGCACCUCGCGCAUGAUUCGCGAGUCUGGCUUCCCCGUCGAAGACGUCUCCGCCAUCACCAAGGCCCCGGAGAUGCUUGGCGGCCGCGUCAAGACCCUCCACCCUUCUGUCCACGCCGGCAUUCUCGCGCGCGACCUCGAGUCGGACGAAAAGGACCUCGCCGACCAAAACAUUAACAAGGUUGACUACGUCGUCUGCAACCUGUAUCCCUUCAAGGAGACGGUCGCCAAGGUCAAUGUCAGCAUUGCCGAAGCCGUCGAGGAGGUGGACAUUGGCGGCGUCACGCUGAUCCGCGCCGCUGCCAAAAACCACAAGCGCGUCACCAUCCUCUCAGAUCCCAGCGACUACGCUGGCUUCCUAACGGAGCUCGAAAAGGGCGAGAUUUCCGAUGCCAGCCGCAACCGCUACGCGCUCAAGGCCUUUGAGCACACGGCCGACUACGACACGGCCAUUUCCGACUUCUUCCGCAAGGAGUACGCCGGCGCCGGCGAUCAGUACCUGCCACUCCGCUACGGUGCCAACCCGCACCAGAAGCCCGCCGCCGCCUACGCUGUCGAGGGCAAGCUGCCCUUCAAAGCCCUCAGCGGCGCCCCCGGCUACAUUAACCUGCUCGACGCUCUCAACGCCUGGCCACUCGUCAAGGAGCUCAAGGCCGCGACCGGCAAGCCUGCCGCCGCCAGCUUCAAGCACGUCUCGCCAGCGGGCGCCGCCAUUGGCCUGCCGCUCAGCGCCGACGAGGCCAAGGUCUACAUGGUCGCCGACAUUCCCGGCAUCGAGACGUCCGGUCUCGCGCAGGCCUAUGCGCGCGCGCGCGGCGCCGACCGCAUGAGCAGCUUCGGCGACGUCAUUGCGCUCUCCGACAUUGUCGACGUCCCCACCGCCAGCAUCAUCUCCAAGGAAGUCUCGGACGGCGUCAUCGCCCCCGGCUACGAGGACGCGGCGCUCGAGCUCCUCAAGAAGAAAAAGGGCGGCAAGUACCUCGUGCUGCAGAUCGACCCGGACUACAACCCCGGCCCGACCGAAACCCGCACCGUCUACGGCAUCAACCUGCAGCAGCACCGCAACGACGUGGAAAUAUCGGCCAGCAAGAGCUUCAGCACCAUCAUCACCCCCAAGGACGGGUCGCUGCCCGCAAACGCCGCGCGCGACCUCGCCAUUGCCACCAUCACGCUCAAGUACACGCAGAGCAACUCGGUCUGCUACGCCUACAACGGCCAGGUCAUUGGCCUCGGCGCCGGCCAGCAGUCGCGCAUCCACUGCACCCGCCUCGCCGGCGACAAGGCCGACAACUGGUGGAUGCGCUUCCACCAGCGCGUGCUGGGCAUCAAGUGGAAAAAGGGCGCCAAGCGCCCCGACAAGUCCAACGCCAUCGACCUGCUCGUCAGCGGUCAGCUGCCCAAGGAUGGCGCGGAGCGCGAGGCUUUCGAGGCCAUCUUUGAAGAGGUCCCUACUGCUUUUACCCAGGAGGAGCGCGAUGCUUGGAUGAAGCAGCUGACUGGCGUGUCCGUCUCCAGCGACGCAUUCUUCCCCUUUAUCGACAACGUCUUUCGCGCUGCCCGCUCUGGCGUCAAGUAUAUUGCUGCGCCUACCGGCAGCCAGAACGACGCUGCCGUUUUCCAGACUGCCGAGUCUCUGGGCAUCACGUUUGUCGAGCAGAGCAUCCGCCUGUUCCAUCACUAG